CUUUGCACUGCUUUACGAAAAAGACAGCAGUCAAAACUGAGGAGGAUAAAUUUAUUAUUUGUAAGAAUUGUUGGAAUCAAUUAUUAAUAACUAUUCAAAUCAAUUUUGUUUGUGGGAGCUUGUGAAUUACUAAAUUCAGCAUGUGGAAAGGUCAGUGACUUUCCUUAGUCACAGGGAAAACUACAAGGGCAAAAUGUACACGUGCACUUUCUGUGUGGCUGCCAAAGCAGGAACUAGUGCGGCCCUGACGUUUCCCUCUGACACGACUUGGCUCGAACAUCUCAUUUCGCCAGAACAUGGAGACGUUCAGCGAACCCAAGGAGCCAAGAAAUCGAUGGCGCAGUGGGACGAUAAUCGAACGGUGGUCGCUACUGGUACCCUGGGUUUGAAGGCGAGAUCGCUAAUUAAUUACUUUAUUGGAUUUGGAGAUCUGCAAAAUUUUUAUUAUGUACACAAAGAAGAUGGAAAGUCGCAGUACUGCAAGGUGUUAAUGGUUGAAGAAAAGUCUGCAAAAAUAAUUCAUAAGGCUGGAAAUCAUACAAUUGGAAAUAUCACAUUCCAGACAAGAAUACAAAACAAACCUGCAGCUAAAGCACCACCGCUGCCGCCGCCACCACCGCAAUCAAAGCUUGAUAUGCACCCUUUUCUAUCGGCCACUGAAAUUGCAUCCACGUCGACGACAUCAGAUUCCGUUCCAACUUCAAUCGCAUCCACAAUUUCAUCUUCCAAAUCUACCCGAGUGAGUGCUAGGUUUCGAAAACUUUAUGCGACUUCUGAGGGCGGAUUUUUUAAAGAAGCUGGAUAUCGCUGUCAAAUUUGUGAGCUGGAUGUGGGGCGAGGGGAAGAACAAUGGGUUCAACACUUAAUUUCAGAAAAACAUCAAGAUGUUCACAGACAGAAUCAGCACUUGCGGAAAGUGUUGUGGGAUUUGGACAAGAAAUUAAUGAUUACCCAAACGAAAGGAUUAAAAUCAGUUCAUAUUCUAAGAUAUGUGACUGCACAUGGAGGUCCUGUGAUAGAUUUCAGUUAUCUGGCAAAGUCUAAGAACGAUGGAGACAUUAAUGUUUGUUACACGUUGUUUGCAACCAAGGCAGCAGCUGAAAAAUUGGUAAUGCCAGCCGGUACUCAUUGCAUUGGUCCGCAAAGGAAGAAUGUUCUCAUGUCCCUGAUUGACGACAAGACAAAGUUAAAGUGGCGGAAGUGGAAAGACAAACUUCUCAAUAGUACUGAGGAGUGCGAUUUGAAUACUGAAGAUGAUGAUGGAGAUAACAGUGAAGAAAUUAUAGCUGAAUCUGAAAAUAAGGCUAAUGAUAAUGGUGAGACAGAGACUUUUCCCAAAGAAGAAGAGGAGAUGAAUAUUCAAAUUGUAUCAGUUACAACCCUAGUGCCUAUCAAGAUAACGGAAGAGAAAUCAUCAAUUGCAUCGUCUGGAGAAAAUCAUUUUAGUAGUUUUAAAGGCUUGUCCCUUGAAGCACAGUUGGAACAAUGUCGCACAACCUUUGGUUGGAGUCCGACCUUUUCAAAUGAAGCUAUACAAUUUGUAAAUCAAACUGUAGGGAAGCUAAAUCUAAAGCAGAAAAAGAUCCCAUUUGGUGACCUUACAACAGGCCUUGGAUUACAAAAGUUGUCUGCUUUGCAGCUUCUUGUCGAUGUUCAAGAACUGCUUGAAUCCAACCCAAAUUCUGCAGAUUCCAUGAUCUCAUCAAUCAUAAAAAGUUCUACUCAAGCACUUUCUUCAUUGAAAGAAAAACAUACAACGGAACAUCCAAUACUCAAGGUAUCGACAGCAGAUUCUACGGAAAUCUGUAUAAAUUCUGUAAUUGCGGGCAAAGCAACCAACUUGAAACUACGUUUUUCGAAUUCUCUUCCUUCCCACGAAUGCAACUUAUUUAAGUUGUACUGCAACCUGGACCCACGUAUACUUCCAAUGAGUUUCGUGAUUGCAUUAUGGGCUACAUCUAACAACUUCCUACAAGAUUUCAAACAAUCAUAUCCCAAUCAAGUCAUUAUACUGUUGAUCAUGGGUUUUCUGCAAAAAAAAAAAGUUUUACCAACAGUACAGAAACUUCAAGAAAUCGUUUCAGAUUCAGAAUCUCAAAAGUUUGUCAACGGAAACAAUGUUACAUUUUGUACGGAUGUUGACACUAUUAAAAAAUUGCACCCCAACCCCCUGGAGGACAUUUUAAAGGAUGAUACUAUCAGAGCCAUGAGUGUGAUUGGUCUAGUUAAAGAUUGGUUUCAAUUAUUUGCAAAUGCAGAUUUGAAGGAAAAUACAAUUUGUACAAGAUUCGGUUACCUGAUCCCAAAAAAAGACUUCCAGCCACAUUCUGUAGGAAAUUUGCCUGGUGACUUGUGCCGAGUGUACAGAUUUGGAAUGAGUAAUGAUCGGUCUUCAAACAUGGCAUCGGCGAUUGAAUCUGUCAGCACAAAAAAAUUUAUUUGCUCUCAGACUCCACUAUGCAUUCAACAUCCUUUCGACCUCACUCUGAAUUGCAGCCGUGGAGUGACUCCAGGUGAGGUAACAAAGUUCCAGAACGGGUGCAAAGAAGCCGUCACGAUAUUAUCGAAUUUGCUCACGUCCGACCAACCAGAUUUGACAGAGUUUCUGAUAAAAACAAUUCCCCUCAACGGGCCCACAACCAGUGUGAUUCCUGGCGAAGUUUGUAUUGAUUCUCCAACUUUCAAGAUUCCAAAGAAAUCCAACGCUGUUGUUCCAAGUGCGAUAUCAAAUGUUACUGGCAACAAUCAGUCGUCCGCUCGCAAUUGUGAUGUAGUAGUUACUGCCUCUUCAUCCAAGACUUCUCCCGCUCAACUGAAAUCACGACCUGGAGCGUCAGACUUUUUUGACGAUGUCGGUAACAAUGAAGAUCAAAGUAACGAUGCUGACAUGAUUAGUGAAGAUGAUGAAUCAAAUGAUUCAAUCUUUAUAAAGGAUUGUACUGUAUUUUUAAAUUCGCCACUGUUCAACUACUGGGCACGAACAUUUUCCGGGACACGAGAUAUGCAGUAUCAAAAGCUUCAGCUUCUUAUUUUGCAACAUCUUUUGGAAUUUAAUCAAAAAUUUUGGACUAAUUGCCUGGGUCUAGUAAAUAUGCCAAAAAUAGGUCAGAAAUUUUGGGCGGAGGAAUACUCAAAAGUUAUUCAUGAUGGAAAGAUACGAAGCAAUCAAACCGUACUACAAAAAGUUAUGGCGAUUUCUGACAGCGAGAAAGAAAUUGAUUUGAGCUUCAGAGUCAAAUCCGACGGCCGGACGAUUCACAAGCUAUUUCUUGACGAAUAUAGUCAAUCACUUCGACCCAAGAUAUGGGCUUCAGGAAAAAGUCUUACUGAUUUUUCUCUUCUAUUGUACGAGGAGGUUCCUGAAGCUCGCCUGCAAGAAAUUAAAACUACAUCGUUCAUUGCUUGCAAUAAGCUUCAACCCGAGAUAUGUUACGAUUGUCGACUACUUGGUGAAAUUUCCAAAUCUUUUUCUAAAACUACUCCACUUGCUACCCUAACAAUGACUAGUGUAUCUCCUGGCAUUAACGUUGAAAGAGUUGAUGUGAUAAAGUCAGUAUAUAGAAAACUGGCCAUGUCUUACAUCAACAAAAUGGUUAAACGAUGGCUUUAUGAAUCCAAAGAUUUUGAUCAGCAGAAAGCCGACAAUUUUAUCAAAAGUAGAAAUGAAAAAUGGAACCAGAAAGCCAACAAAAAGAGAAAGCGUGAAGCAAAACUACAAGCUAAUAAAAAGGAAGACCGAUCUGUAGCACCAAAAAAUCCGAGCCAAAUUCCCAUUCAUAAUCCACGAGCAAAUAGUAAUAAUAGUAAAAAUCACAAUAAUACUGAUCGGAUUGCAACAGCGCAAGGACAAAGUUUUCACCCCCGGCUUGUCAGAACACCAACAAGUAACAAUGUACGUUCUGGUCUUCCGCCCCAUUUAAUGUCGUUGACGGUUAGACCAACAACUAAUAUGGCCAAGCCGCAGCAGUCCUACCACCAACAAGGACAAACUACUUGGGCUUCUGGUGGGGGUAGUGGAGUAGGAAAUCACCCUCAGUUUUCUCAACAACAUCCUUCUUCUUACGCCCGGCAGCCAAAUAUAUCAUAUGGGUCACCAGCAACAGCAUUGGGGCCAACUUUCAAUUAUGAACCACCUUAUCAAGAAAGAAUUGUGAGAAAUCCGGAACCUCAAGGUAUGAGAACGUUUAAUCCCCCUUCAGUUGCACACCACCACUACAACGAACAACCAAACCACCCUCGCAUUGCAACUCACUUACUUCCAAAUCCCCAAUUUAGUUCAUUUAAUCAAAUUAGUAUUGGAGGUAAUACUCAAUCCAUUCCAUUGCAGAACACCGAGAGUCUUUUGCCUCAUGGUAUCAACGCUACGCGUAUAGGAAUUGACCCUAGAAAUCAGCAAGUGAAUGAUUCAUAUCAUCAACAAAUCGAUUCUUCCAAUAGAAAUCGUGUCUAUCAAAACAUCGCCCAAAAUAUUCAAUAUACAUAUCGCCAACAACAGCUCCAUCAAGGCUACCCAAAUGAUGAUCCAUAUAAUGAUCAACAAGAUAAAUAUAAUCCUACACAUUUACGCCAAAAUCAACGUCAGAUUUAUGACCAACAGCCACUACCCCCUCUAAUUAAUGACAACCCACGCUUUGACGCCUUUAACAACCAGGACCACGAUCUCAGUCGUUUCCCAAAUCCAACUUUUGACUAUAAAGCUAGUAACAACAGUCUUAAUCCAAACAAUCGUUUCUUUAGCAGCGACAGCAGGAGUUAUGACCAAGAAGAACCACGCCACCAGUCUAAUCUCGCUCCUCGUAGUAGUGCUUUGUUUGAAAGUAGUUACUCAAGACCUAAUCAGUUCAAUAAGAAUAAUGGAAGUCAUAAUGUUCGCCAAGUUACUUUAUCGCCUCGAAGGAUUGAUAACCAAAGAUCUAUGCGGGUGGAUGAAGACAAUAGUCCAGCUUUUACCACUACUAAUGGUGGUGCACCACGGAAUACUCGUUACUUUAAUUGUAAUAGCAAUGAUAAUUCAAAUCUAUCUUCUUUUGAGUUUCCUUCAUGUGGGAAUGCUGCUUCUACAACUUCAUCGUUACGUCGACAUGGUAGUAGCAGCAACGCACAACAGAUUAGUUAUGGUUCUAGACCUUCCCAACCAAUGAAACGUGGAUUUAUUAGUGGUGGAUAUUUAUCAACACAGUCAAAUGAAAUGGAUAACACGGAUGACGACGAUCUUCAAAUAAUCUACGAUUUGAAUCCUAAAGGAAAUUCAUCCCCUCCACCACCACCGCCACCGCUGAAAAAAUACAAAAUUGGACCUGCAUUUCCUGUCCCCUCAAGGCCAGAUAUCGAUGGACGAGAAAGAUCAACAUCUCCAAUGUCGAGCAUGCACCGGAAAUCAUCUGUCAAUUCACCCAGAAAUGAACGUCGAGGAGGGCAAGUUCAAGAGUCGUUUAGUAGCAGAGUUCAACGAAAUCAACGUGAAAUAAGUCCAAUAGAAAGUGUAUUCGUUACUCCGAAUAGUUUUCAGGGAUUUGGAAUCAAUCCUUGUGCAGGGGAUUCCGCUCAUUUUUAUGGGGGUCGUAGAUUUUGAAGCAUUUAAGCGCUCAGUUCCUACUAAUACUUUAUUUCUUUGGCCAUGCGUAUUCUUCAAACUUUUCCAUUUAUCAAUUGUGAAGUUUAUUGUGUUAAACACAAGUUUCUCAAAUAUUACAAUAUUAAAAUAUCCGGUGUUAUCGCUGGCAGUAUGGAUUUAGCCAAAAUUAUUGAGGAUGCUACCCUUCGUUUGUCAGCUAUAUUGAUACUUUAGUAAAUAAAAAGUCUAAAAUUUGCAUUCAUUUUCUUUACUAAUAAGGGUUAAAAUUUGCCUGGAAUAUUUUUGUUUCUGAAGUUUGACUAGGUAUAUGAAUAUACAUCAAUGUUAAAUACACAGAAUAUCUGUGUAAUACGCUAUCGUCUUACAAUUUACAAAAUAAAAGACCAUAUUACUUAACUGUUUUCCACAGUGUUCCUCGUUCUUACCAGUAAUGCUGAAUCUCCGUAAACUUACAGAUAAUCCGUUUUGUGACUGUGACAUAUGCAUUUGAUGCAAUAAAUAAAAUAUUACGCAAUAAGUGAUGCUCAA